AUGGCGACUCCUUGGUCGCUCACGCCUGAGGAGGCGGACCUUAUCAGGUCAUUGACAGAGGAUGAGAUUCCGACAAAGUUGCGCUGCGCUAUCUGCAGCAGACUUGCUGUUAACGCCUUCAAACUGCCAUGCUGCGAACAACUGAUUGACGAUGAUUGCCACAAAACCCUCCCUUCGACCUGUCCUGUGUGCGAGCACACCCCUCUUUCUGCUGAUGACUGCAAUCCGAACAAGGCGAUGCGAUCAACCAUCAAGGUCUUUGUCAAGACGGAGUUGAGAAAGAGAGAUGUUCUCCGGGCCAAGGAAAACAAAGAGACAACUCCGAUGACGCCUGCCGAGGCCAAGGAAACCCCUGACGCGCCAGCACCUGCCGUGGUAGCUUCGACCGAUGAGACAUCGGCAGCUGAUGUAAAAGUCACCACAACGGAGCCGCAGAACGGAAUCGAACCCACAGUUCCGGAAGGCGACGAUAGGGAGUCUACUAUUGCUGCGGGAGGAGACGAGCGCGCCACUGGAGACGACGUACCGCCCGACACUGACGGGCUCGCUACAGACGACGUCCCAGAUAACCAACUUGCUAAGCGGGAUGAUGAUGCCGUUGCAAACACUGGAGGUGACGGGCUUCAAGAGGCAGAGGAACAACCGGACGCCAAUCUUGGUGCUGGAGACCAGCAAGGGCCGAAUACCUCUGGCGGCCCCGGGUUCGAUACUUCAAACGGGGCCUUCCCUACUAUGAACUUCGGCGACUUCAAUCAGAUGCAGCAGCAGCAGAUGAUGAUGAUGAAUGGCAUGAUGCCUAAUUCCUUCAACUUCUCGAUGAUGGGAAUGGACCCCAUGAUGCAAAAUAUGUUUAUGAACGGGGGCUUUGGCGCACAAGGCAUGGGCAUGAACGGCAUGAACAGCAUGAACGGCAUGAACAUGAUGGGAGGCGGUUUCAACAGUGGCAUGGGCAAUGGGCAACAGUCAUGGAAUGUCGGCCAAGAUAAUUUCAAUCCUCCAAAUGCUUCUGGCAUGGGCAAUGGUGAUUAUGGGUCGUAUAACUCAGGCUACCAUACAGGAUACAAUCAACAAGGUAACUUUGGGCCCCAGAACCACUUCAACCAGUCUCGCGGCUAUGGCCGCUAUAGGGGGAGAGGCCGAGGCUAUUACGGCGGCUACGGCCGUGGAGGCUACAACAAUUUCGGACCGGGCGCCAACUACCAGGACCAGGCAUAUACGCAGCAGCAACAUAUGGGCACCAUGCAGCACGACAACCAUCCUGCCGUUGAGCAGCAAGGUGGUGGACAGCAAGCCGCCGACACCGACGAGUUUGGCAGGGCUAAGCGCCAGGACUCGCACCCGGGAGAUGCCGAUGCUCCAAACGAAGGCCAACAAGGAACUCUUACAUCUGCCGGAGAAGGCGGCCCAGGAGCUGACGCUAACCAUGACGAGUCUGCUCCUGCCCAAGCCCGUGACACUACGUCCACUGAGCCUCACCAAGGUGAUCAAGAGCAUGGGCCCGAGGAUCAUGGUACGCAACCAAUCUCAACUAUUGACAUGUCGCAAGGCCGGGAAGCUGGUAACUUCACGUCUGCGAAUGGCCCCCAUAUGGCAGGCCCAGGCCAGUUUCACCGUGGCAUCCACGGGCAGGGACCCUCUGGUCAGUUCAGCAACUCUGGCCGACCGGCUCCAGAUGUCCCGAUCAACGCCCCUUCGGGACCCAAGGCCAUGCGCCAAGGACUUCCAAACACUAGUCUACUCCAUCUUCGUGCCCGCGGAUAUCAAGUUGGAGAUUCGCGCACCCCAGGCCUGAAUACUAACCAAGGUGGGAUACAGAGUCCGUCAGAUAGCCGGCCAGGCUCGAGUCACUCUCUCGAGACUUCGAAGCUACAGAAUCCCGGCCACCAGGAAGAGCUGGGACGUAAUCCUGGACGUGGGAGAGGCCGCUGGCACCAGGAUCAGGACGCCGAGCGAUCGAGGUCGCAUUCUUUCAGAGACAGCCGAAACGGGAGCGUUAGCCGCGACCCUAGCCGAGAUCGUAAAGAGAGCCACCGCCACCGGACAGAGUCCGUUGCAAGCGACGGCCGCGAUGAUGACGACUCUCAACGACGCAGCAGGCACCGCAGCUCGCGGAAACAUCAUGGCUACGAAGGCGAAGAUGAGGAACUGAGAUCCGCUAAAUCGCGAGAGGACAAAUACGAUGAUCGGUCGCGCUCGCAAUCGCCAGGCGAGUCGAGGCGCUCAAGCCAUCGGAGUAGGAGAGACCGGGACUACGAGAAGCGCCGGGAUAAGGGUGGGGAGCGAGACAGCGAUCGUGAGCAUCGCCGGAAAUCGCACUCGCAUAGGGAGCGCGAGCGUGAUCGGGAACGAGACCGUGAUCGUGACAGAGACCGAGACAGGGAUCGUGACAGAGACCGCGAGCGCGACCGGGCGAAGGAUAGAGACCGAGACCGGGAGCGGAGACGAGAAAAGGACCGUGAUCGCGAGCGUGACCGGGACCGGGACCGAGACGGGGAUCGGGAUCGCGACAGAGAGCACCGCCACCGCAGUAGCCGCAAGGCCUCUGAAGCACCGACGGCCGAGCACGAUGCGCCUACGGGCCCCAGGUCGGGCGGUGGGAGAGUAUCCGAAAUCAGGGGUGGGGAGUCACGCUCACGCGAGCCUUCCGAGCCGAGUCGCCGUUCCUCACAGACGCCCAAGCCGACCUCCGGCAUGGAUCCUCAUGCGGCUGAGCGCGAGAAGAGAAACAGGGAGCGGCUGGCUGCUGAAGUGCACAAACUCGCGAGCAUGGGGAGUUUUACGGGUAGCAAGCGCGGCCGCGAUGAGUCCGACGACGGCAGACGGAGCCGGCGAAAGGGCCGCCGAGGCGAGGCUUUGUCCACGGACGACAUGAAUGAGAGGCUGCGGCGGGGCGAGGCCGAGAGGGAAGGGGAUCGCCGCUGA